CCCUUUCAAAUCAACGGUCCACAUUCCACGCCUCUCAGAUCUCGCAAUCAAACACUUUAAACUCCCUCCUUCCUCACUACACGCCGUUUCUCUUUUAUUGCCGUUUUUUUUAUGUCGUCAUGUUCUGAGUUUCGUGUUGUCCUGUUUUGUGUUGUUGUGUUGUGUUCAGUUCUUUCCUUCGUUACAUGCAAAAACGACUAUGAAGACGCCAAAACGCCAAUCGUCGCCGGCAAACGCUGCUCGACCAGUGGAGUCUGAUUCCGGCGAGAUCGUCACGAGGUUCAAGAACGGUGGCCGGAGAAGGAUCAAAAUCAAGCGAAUGAAGUACACUUGCCAGACGAAGAUCCGCGUCAGGAAUGACGCCGGCGCUGGCGGCGUGUCUCAACCGCCGGCGGUGGAUUCUGAAGGAGAGAAGAGAGAGAUUGACGAGCACGUGGAGAUAUCGCUGUCGCUGGCUUCCUCGUCGUCGGAAGAGGAAGAGCGAUUGUCGUCGAAGCAAAGCGACGGCGUUUUGUCGUACGGUUCGGCGUCGGUGAUAGGGAGCAGGACGGAGAUGGAGGACGCGGUGAGCUCGGAGAUAGGGUUUGCAGCGAAGUGCGACUUCUUUGCGGUGUACGACGGCCACGGCGGAGCUCAGGUGGCGGAGGCGUGCAAGGAGAGGCUGCACCGGCUGGUGGCGGAGGAAGUGGUGGGGAGUAGUGAGAGUCACGUGGAAUGGGACUGGCGGGGAGUGAUGGAAGGGUGUUUUCGGAAAAUGGACAGCGAGGUCGCCGGUAACGCGGCCGUCAGGAUGGUGGGUUCCACAGCGGUUGUCGCCGUCGUGGCGCUGGAGGAGGUUAUCGUUGCUAAUUGCGGUGAUUCUAGGGCCGUGUUGGGAAGAGGAGGUGAGGCCGUGGACUUGUCUAGUGAUCAUAAGCCCCACAGGCCCGAUGAGUUGAUGAGAAUCGAAGAGGCUGGUGGAAGGGUCAUUAACUGGAAUGGCCAGCGCGUGCUUGGUGUUCUUGCCACUUCACGAUCCAUAGGAGAUCAGUACCUUAGACCUUAUGUAAUAUCAAAACCAGAAGUGACAGUGACCCAGCGAAGCAGCAAGGAUGAAUUUCUCAUACUAGCAAGUGAUGGAUUGUGGGAUGUGAUGUCAAGUGAAGUUGCGUGCCAAGUUGUAAGGAAAUGCUUCCAGGGGCAGAUUAGGAGAGUGUGCGAUGGAGUUGGGAAUCAUCAAAACCGUGCUACCGAUGCUGCAGACCUCUUGGCUGAGAUAGCAUUGGCAAAGGGAAGUAGAGAUAACACCAGUGUCAUUGUAGUUGAGCUAAGAGGAACAGUAACAACUGAUUGAGGCCUCGUUUCUGUCAAAACAUGUAUUUUUAUUUUUAUUUUCUUCUCUAAUUCUUGCCUUGCUGCUUUGGACUAAUAUACACUCAGGUUGUGCCUCCUCAUUGCCACAAGAGAUUAUAUCUACUUGAUAAUAAUGAGUACUUCCUUACUCA